UUGGCUUUUUCAAUCCGUCCCCUAUAACCGUUACACAUAUUUUGAAAUUUUCCAAAAUGUCGUUCGAUCAAAAGGAGAUCUUCAGUUUGAUGUACAAACUUGCACGGUUGAUAGUGCCAGAUACGCGAGUUGAAUAUGAUUCGAUGGGUCCGAUGCACAUUCCCCUCGACCGAAUGUACGGUCCCCAGACAAUGCGAUCCCUGAUGAAAUUUCCAAUUGGGGGAGUGGAGGAACGCAUGCCUCGACCCCUUAUUAAAGCCAUGGGAAUUGUGAAGAAAGCCGCUGCGGAGACGAAUAAAAUCAACGGACUGGAUGAGUAUUUGUGCGAUGCCAUUUCCAAGGCCUGCGAUGACAUCAUAUCCGGAAAACUCUACGACGAAGAGCAUUUUCCGUUGGUCAUCUGGCAGGAUGGAUGCGGGGAGCACACCAACAUGAAUGUAAACGAGGUGAUCAGCAAUCGGGCCAUCGAGAUCCUGGGGGGUCAGAUGGGCACCAAGGAUCCGGUGGACCCAAAUGAGCAUGUGAACCUGUCGCAGAGCUCCCAUGACACCUUCUCCACAGCGGUUAGAAUCGCCGUGGCCAUGCAGCUGCAGGAGAAGAUGUAUCCUAGCCUGAGGACAUUCAUUGACCUGCUGGGCAAGAAGUCGAGCGAUUGGAUGGAUGUGGUCAAAAUCGGCAGAACCAAUCUGAUGGACGCAGUGCCUCUGUCGCUGGGUCAGGAAUUCAGUGGUUAUCAUCACCAGCUGGUGAACGGAAGGACUCGAUUGGACUCGGCCCUCAGCCGGUUGUACCAGCUGCCCAUGGGUGGCUCCAUUGUGGGAACGAAAGUGAACACCACGAAGGGUUUUUCCGAGCAGUGCAUCAAGCGGAUCGCCGAGCUAACAUUCCUUCCCUUUUCGGAGUCCCCAAACUUUUUCGAGUCCAUGUCCGCCUGCGAUUCGCUGGUCGAGUUGCAUGGAGAGCUCAACACCAUAGCGGCGAGUGUGAUGAAGAUAGCCAACGACAUCCGAUUCCUGGGAUCGGGUCCGCGUUCUGGUUUCGGGGAAUUGAGUCUGCCGGAGCACGAACCAGGUGAUUUGAGCAUGCCCGGCAAAGUGAAUCCCACACAGUGCGAGGCGAUGACCAUGAUCUGUGCCCAGGUGAUGGGGAAUCAUGUGGCUGUUUCGGUGGGCGGUUCCAGUGGCCACUUUCAACUCAACACCUUCCUGCCGAUGAUCGCCUCGAAUGUCCUGCGCUCGAUAACCCUGCUAGGCGAUGGCAUGAAGUCCUUUUGCACCAAUUGCCUGGAGGGCAUCGAACCGAAUAAGAGCAAGAUUGAGAGCAUCAUGAAGGACUCACUGAUGCUGGUCACCGCCUUGAGUCCCCAUAUCGGAUACGAGCGGUCUGCUGCGAUCGCCAAGGCAGCGCACCUGAACAAAACCACAUUGAUGGAGGAGGCCAUUAAUGCGGGCAUCGCAGUGGAGGACUUUCAGCAGUGGGUGCAGCCCAGCAAGAUGUUGGGACCACAUAACUAAACAAGAUACACAAAAUUAGCUAACUCAUUUUUGGGACACUAUCCAGAAUUGUGCAUAUGGUCAUGUCGGUUAAUUUAUUUUUAAAUUCAACAUUGGUUUC